GGAGGGAGGGACGGAGUGAGAGAGAGAGAGAGAGAGACAGGGGAGGAGGAACUACUGGUGGAAAAAAAAAGUUAAAGUGAAAAUGGCUUCCUUGUCUUUAGAGUCUACAGAACAAUCUGAGAACAGCCCAGAGGAGCCAUCAGCAGCCGAGUCCAAAGAAGAUAAAGAAACCGCGCGGGUUUCGGAACAUUUGCUCCAAAGUUUCCAGAAGUCGGCUCUGAGUUUCUCCACUGACCAGGUUUCAUGUCUGUGCGAGGCCCUCCUGCAGGCGGGCAAUGUGGAUCGCCUGUGGAGGUUUCUCUCCACCAUACCUCCUUCGUCCGAGCUGCUACGUGGCAACGAGACGUUGCUGAAGGCCCAGGCGCUGGUGGCCUUCCACCGGGAGGAGUUCAAGGAGCUGUACGCCAUCCUGGAGAGCCACGACUUCCACCCGUCUAACCAUGGGUUCCUGCAGGACCUGUACCUCAAAGCCCGCUACAAGGAGGCGGAGAGGUCCCGGGGCCGCAGCCUGGGCGCAGUGGACAAGUACCGGCUCAGGAAGAAGUUCCCCCUGCCCAAAACCAUCUGGGACGGGGAGGAGACGGUGUACUGCUUCAAGGAGAGGUCCCGGAACGCUCUGAAGGAAUGCUACAAGAGCAACAGGUAUCCCACUCCGGACGAGAAGAAAAACCUGGCCAAAGUCACCGGGCUGUCCCUCACACAAGUCAGCAACUGGUUCAAGAACCGCAGGCAGAGGGACAGGACGCCGUCCGGGACCCACAGCAAAAGCGAGUCUGACGGGAACCACAGCACUGAGGACGAGGCGAGCAUGAUGGACGAAGCGCUCAACAAACCAGAGGAGACUCCCAGCUCCGCGGCCUCCGUCAUCUCCGUCUCCGCGGUCCCCUGCAGCGCAGGGAGUCAGCUCAUCCUCAACGGCUCCAGCGGCUUCCUCGCGGCCUCUCAGCCUUUACUGCUAAACGGAAACUCCCUGAUCUCCGGCGCCGGGGCCGGCGUCAUAAUCAACGGGCUGAGUCUGGGCGACUGCCAGACGGUCACGCUGAGUCCUGUUGCAACCAGCUCUCCUUUAAUCCUGAACGGGGCUCAGGUCAUAGCCAAACCCGCUGUCGGCACGCCGCCGCAGCACGCAGCAGCUUCUGGAGCAGAACAGGAAGCGUCCGCUCUGGAGACCAAGCCGGUGGUUCUGAGCGCCAACGGCGUGCAAGCCUCAGAGCCCCCAACCAUAAUUUCUCCACUUGAAACCAAAGCAAAGAGCAGCAGCGGCGGCGACGUGGAUUUUAUCGUCCGCUGUAAAUCAGAAGGAGACAGCCAGACAGUAUCCUCGUCCUCUUCAUCUUUAUCGCCCUCCCCGCCGGCUCUGUCCUCGCCAACCUGUCUUCCGUCGCUAGUCUUAACCCAAAACCCCCAACACCAGGAGCCCCUCUCCCUCCCUGCUUCUCUGUCCUCUGCAGGCUUUGUUAUUUCCAACUCUGUGAGUCACCAGGGGCCUUCUCCCUCCCAGCUAACGCCCUCCAGCUCUACGGUUUCUUCCAUUCACUCCACCCCUCAUGUCAUCUCUUUGCCCCAAGUCGUGCCUUCCAUCCACUGUGCACCGGUCUCCCAUCUGGUCCAGACCUCCUCGGGAGCCCAGUGCCCUCAGCUGGUCCCAGUAUCGCCACUCACCUCACCAGCUCCACUCUUCCAAAGCCCCCAGACUCAAAACCCGAGCAGCAGACCGGCAGAACAGCAGCAGGAGCCAACAACAACAACAAUAUCUGAAUCCGCUGCAACUGUAGUUUCGGUCUCGCAGCUUAACAACACUACCCUCCAGCAAAUGAACUCCACCCCCAUCAAAGUCCAGACUCCACAGGUCCUCUCCAUGUCUUCCCCGACGCCAGUCGUCCCAGUGUCCCAAGCGAAAGGCAGCACAUCUGCGCAGUUGGUCUCGCUCUCCAUGCCCCAGCUGGUCCCCGUGUCCUCCAUCCAAACCUCCUCCAACUUCUCCUUCCCCCAGGUGGUGCCAGCCAGCCCGGCCGGGAUGCCCCUGCAGAUCCUGGCUUCGGCUCCUGGCUCCGGAGGGGCUCCGCAGACCCAGCUGAGGAUAAACCAGCUGAGUCCGAUUCAGAGAGUGGGGAACCCGACCAGCGUGGCCCCCGCGGUGCAGCUCCUGAACCCUGGCAUCAUUCAGCUGCCUUCUUCUCCCGCAGGGAACGUCCUCCUCGGUGGAAGCCCGUACCUGAGCGUCCAGCAAGGGAAGCUGAUUCUCACCAUCCCGGCGGGGAUCCAGCUCACCAGUUUGCCCCUGAAACCAGUCCCAGAUGCAGCCACCAUCUCUGCCAGCGGAGUGGCGGGGCUUCUCAGCCCCUCCGCCCCCGCUGUGGCCUGCCAGCCUCCGUCCGCCUCGGCCUCAGCCCCCGGCGGCCCAGCAGCAUCCCCCUUGAACUUCGUCGGCUCCUCGCCUCUGCUCUGCGCUCCGGACACCGGCAUCACCGCCGCCAGCCAGCCGCUCGCCGUCCCCUCCUCUCACGCGGCGGACCAGUCCGUCACCGCGCAGAGCACGCUGACGCCAGAGAGCAUGCUCACGCUUAGCCCCAUGUACAGCGGCAUGGCACCCGGCAUCCAGCUGUCCCAGCCGGCGUGGAGCCCCGUGUCCCUGUCCGCCUCGGCCAGUCUGACUCUGUUUGACAUGCGCGGGAAGGGGGAGCUGCCCGUAGACCCCGCGUUGUUAGGCCUUCCAGGAGGAGAGUCGCUCCUGCUGGGGAGCUCCUCUCCAGGGCCGGACGAGGAGGCCAGCUCUCCGUUGGGGAACCCGGAGGAGAUGGACGGGGACUCGAAGAUCCUCACUCAGCUCCAGUCUGUUCCUGUGGAUGAAGACCUGUGUUUGUAGUCCGUUACGACUACGGUGACAAUGAUCUCUAAGAGCCAAACUACUCCAUCCUGUCCUGUUGGUCUGAGUGACCCGUCGUGUUUUCCUUCACACCUUUAAACCAUUUAGCUUGAUUUUCAAACAUCCCGAUGGCAUCAUAGCCCUGAUUGGCACUUUUUUGAGAAAAGUUCUUUGCAGUGUUGCGAUGUUUUGCAGUUCCAGUAAGACGCCUGCGUACAGCUCAUACAGACAUCAAGGUCAUUUUGGUUUUGGGCAUUUAAAUAUUUAUUCAAACCAUUCUUUAUCCAAGGUC